AACGAACUAAGACUUUGCAUAUGUUUCCGUUUCAGUCACUGCCCAGUCUCGUAUUUAAGUGGCCGUUCUGGACUCCAUCGAUAACCCUAGCCCAGCGGUUCGUCACAAUCCAAUUAUUACUGCCCAUAACGGCUCAAUAUAAUCGCCACAAACCUCGCCGAUAUAUCCCAACCAGCACUUAACGAAAAAAACGUCUGAUUCGACGGUGGCCAUGAGCAAUCCAAAUGUCGGUACGACUUCGCUCGAUAGCGCUUUGCAAGAAAUUGUCAUUAUCCACGGCCGUGAGUUUCAACAUUUUCGACAAUCGCCUCAUAUUCCCGCCGAUCCGUAACCCCCGGCGAGUGUUGGAUUGUGGCUAUGGAGCCGGAAACUGGGCACUCGAAGUAGCAGAAAGAUAUCCACAUUGUCAGGUCAUCGGAGUCGAUAUAUCGCCUCAUAUGCAACCGCUUGAUAUACCGGACAAUCUGUGGUUGCAGGUAGAUAACCUCAAUCGGUCAUUUACCUUUCCUUCGCGACAUUUCGAUCUCGUGCACUCAAGACUUGUGGCUUCUGGAAUAGAUCGAUCUCGCUGGUCAUCAUACGUCCGCGACUUAGUGCGUGUGACAAAGCGCGGCGGCUGGGUCCAAAUGGUCGAGAUAUACUUCAAUGUGCAAUCGGAUAAUGGCUCCAUUACUGAACGGCAUGCCCUCCGUGAGUGGAGCAGACGCUACAUGCGAGCCUUAGAAGAUCUUAAAGACUUGAGAGUCGCUCCAAGACUUGGAAGCCUAAUGACAGCAGCAGGUUUGCAGGAGGUCGACAUGAGAAUGAUACAGCUUCCAUUAUCUGCUUGGUCAAGCGACCCGCGAUCACGUCAAAUUGGUGCCUCAAACAGGUCUAAUAUUCACCAACUGCUGGAGUCAUUGGCCCUCUAUCCCUUGACACAUCGAUUGCACAUGACUCUUGAUGAGUUCAACUCAUUGAUAGAUAGAGCUCGUGCAGAGGUUGACAAUCACACUUUGAAGGCAUAUUUCCCGUUGUAA